AUGUCGACUUUUAAUGCUUUGAACUUCACCCACCACGAUGAGCUGCUGGAGGCUGAAGAGCAUUCGAGGGAACUACAGAUUGAAGAGAGCUUCAAGAUAUUCCAAGGUGCGUUGUUUGACUUGAAGGCAAAACGGUAUACUGAGGCGGAUGCCAAGUUUGAAGAGUUGUUCAGCAUGGAGGUUUUGAAGCCCAACAAGUGGGGUUUUUACAAAUACUCGUCGCCCACAUUAGAUAGCCUUCGUUAUUUGGCUUAUCGUAAUCGAGGAAUGUACUAUUAUAGCUAUUUGACUGACAAUUACUCUAAGCUCGAAGCACAGGAUAUCAUAGAUAUUAUACUGAAAGUGUUGGAACACUUGGUGGAAUCUAUUCAGCAUAGUGAGGCUGACAGUUCAGUCACGCAGCUACUUACUCAGAUAUUCGGCAGCUACAAGAGCAAGAAGCUAGAACGUUUAACCUUAGAAUACGAGUUGACAAAACACGAGAACCAUUUAUUCCUGUUAGGUCGCAGGAGGAAAGGACUGCUGCCGAAGCUAAAGGAAAUUGUGGGUCAGUACCAGGAUUUACUAAAAGAUAUCAAGGAAGAUGAACUGUCAGAUAAUUUAAUCACAAAAGACCUCAUGGGAGUGAAGCUUCACAAAACACCAAACCUAGCUUUGAGUCCGAUUCUGGAAGACAUAAGGAAGAUGAAAACUAUAGAUGAAAAUACGAUGAAGGAGCUUGAUGGCUUCGAAAUUCCUCUAAAGAAUAGCAGUUGGGAAGCAAUUGCCUCCUCUCUCAAGCACCUUGUACCGCAUAUCAAGACAUCGUUACUUAUAACGAAAUCCACAGAUCCUUAUGGCGAGGUUGAAUUUCCCAUAGAGACAGUUAAGUUUGUAAUUAAGAAAUCAGAGGAGGAAGUUUCAGCUAAAGAGGAAAUUGAACAAGACGACAGUGAAGUUCAUGAUGCGUCUCGCGACAGUUCAGCAUCCGUGAGCCCUGAAGUACUAAACGGGAAGACUACUGAAGUUCAGACAGAUAUCCCAGCUGCAGAACCCAAUACAAAGAAAAGGCCUCUUGAUGAGUCUGAGAGCCAACAUUUUGUUCAAAGGAGUAGUAAACGUUUUAGAGAAAAGGACCCGGAUGCCACCGAGGAAAACACACUGAAAGUCCAUCUAAUAUUCCUCAGCGAUCUUGCACUACUGCUGAGCAAGCUACAAUACACAGUGCCAUUCAGCAGCGAGGACUUUUCCUUAGAAAUGGCCCUCCCGGAAUCCAGCGAACUCUUAACUCAGUACGACUUGAUGGAGUGCAUCAAGGUCUGGACGAGCUGGCAUACGGACAUUUAUAUGCAUAGUGAUACUAAAUCGACAGCAGCGACAUCAAAAGGUUCCAACCAUACUGGAUUUUUGCAAGUCAACACACUACUGAAGUCAAACGUUUUCGGGGACAAGACGAACUGUUUGAGUGAACUUUCAAUCUUAGACGAGGAAACAGUACAACCUUUUCUUGAAGUAACGAGAGAACAUGCUAUGCAUUUCCAGGAAGUUCGCUUUAGACUUCUUUUGGCCCUACUCUCGUUAGAUGACAAUUCAGGUAAAAGGUUGAUUGUUGAUCAGUCAUGGUCGUCCAACCUCUUCGAAACGAUAGAGUGGUUUUUCUUUGGUAUCGAGAAAAGCCUCUAUCUAUUCAUAGCUGAGAAUGUGAGCAAGUACUCGUAUCUCGCACUUUCUGUUUACGAAAUAAUGGUAAACAUGAUGGGUAGUAUCUGCGAAGAAAUUGCAGCAAAGAACUACAUGGUAGCAAGACCAGUGACCUCAAUAAUACAAAAAAAUCAGCUUGAAAAGAAAAUUGAUAGAUGGUAUGAUCUUUUAGUCAAGCAUUCAUCGGCUGAUGAUAAAUGGUUAAUCUACUUUGAAUGGGCACGCUAUUGCUAUCUCCAAUAUUGUUGUGAAAUAAUUGAUGAUAGAUUACCAUCAGCUCUCAACUCCAUCAAACAAAGAUUAGACGGUCUUGGAGAAGACUUUCAAGCCAUUUUCCCUAAUUAUCGGCAUAUUCCACCUCUGCAUUUGAGUGCCAUACACUCUCAAAGUCGCAAGAUAAAAAUUAUAAGAAAGAUUAGCGUUGUUGAUGCAUCUGGCGAUGAACAGAAGGAUGAGGAUGCUCAACAGCACAUUUCACUCCUCCAACAGAAUCUUUUAUUAGAUCUCUAUCCGGAGAGAGAAAGACCCAAUGACAUUCUUGAGAUGCUUUCCUUCAUUUCCAACUCUCCAUUUUUGCUUAAAGUCAAACUCUGGGAGGUUCUCUUCACCUUUUACCUCAACAAAAACCAAAUUAACGAUGUCUUACAGACUUACUUUCAUGUGCUAACGUUCUUUUCAAAAUUUCUCUCAUCGAAGCAGUAUUGCGACAAGCCAAGUAAAGGACGUCAGCAGUUGUUAUUGACCACUCAAAGUAAUAUAGCGAGCUUCACCUCGAAACUUACCUCCGCCUUAUUACGUGAAACAAGGCCUGAUGUUCGUUGUAUUGACCGUGAGAACUUCAAACUACUCUUGAAAACUUUCUUUAUGUUCUAUCCAAUCCUCUAUUAUGAGAGUUCAGUCAAAAAUGUCGUUUCCGCAAGGUCAUUCUUCCGCAAGGCAACGAAAUCCUCCGGCAGAAUGAAGGACACUAUUGCUGACUUGGCGACAUUGUUAGUUUAUUUUGCAAGCAAGGAAGCUAGUACAAUUGUGCCGCCCCAAGAAGGUUCAUUUACCGCGGAGCUGAUCGAAUGCUUCCACAGAUUAUUGGGGAGUUUCAAGUUCUGCGAUGCAUCGAAUGGCAACUUUUUGAAGCUGUCUGAAAGCCUACUUUGUCGUUACGCGGAUAGCGACUCAUUAGCCCCUCUGAAGCAAAUAUUAUGGUGUAGGUACCACUAUCUGAUUGCAGGGGACAACUUUCAGCCAGUGCAACACGUCACCAAGGCGAUUCUGAUGGACAAAGGUAAUUCAGUACCCCUUGGCAUUUAUUUGAUAAAAUUGCAAUACCAAGGAAAGAAUCCUUUGCUCGCUAGUGGAACUAAGGCUUCGUUGAAGCCUGUAUUUGAUAGCAUUAUCGAUACAAUCGGUGAUCCGAUGGCAUCAGGUAACCACACCGUUGAGCGAAAUAAGUUUCUGGUGGAAGAGUAUCUGGAUCACCCUAUUACUGCCCAGUCCUUCCACAAUGCGUUUGUAGGAAAAAGAUGUUUAAAGUUGACAACACCAAACGACGAACUACAAGAGUGCAUCAAUGCCGGUCUUUUUUAUGUCGCAGGUAUCCAAGCAUUUAACUUGUACAGAGCAAGAAAGAAAUCGAUGCAAGCGCGCCCAUCGGAGCUGGAUUCCAUCAUAACUAUGCUAAAAAAUGACAUCAUAUAUGAUACCAGUAGAUUCGAAAGUUGGUACAUGCUAGGAAGGUGUUAUGCGUUCAUUGUUGAAGAUGACCUUAUGUGGACGUCAGACAAACUAACAGUACCAGAAAAGAAGAGCGUGAUUGCCUUGACGCAAAGGAAAGCUAUUCUAUGCUACGCGAUGUGUCUGCAGAUAUUCUUCGCCAAAGAGCAGAGAAAUCAUGAGGAUGAGUCAAUUAUCCAAAGAGCAUUGGAAGCUUUGGGUAAUGAACUAAUUAGUGGUAAACUCAAACCAAUGGAGAAGUUAUGCUUUAGUUGGAGGCGGCCACACGUUGCCCUAAAGCUCACAACUGAAGGAGAGUUGAUUCAAGAAAAACAGUCUGACGCCAUCCUAAUUUCAACUUUCAACAUAGACCAGGCUAUCUUGCUCUGCCUUCAGCGUGCCAAUUUAUUGAGAAGCCGGCCUUUGGAUGGCAAUGAGAAGAACUGGAUGAACUUUUAUCAUAUUGGGAAACUUCUUUUCAAAAGUGACAAAUCACAGCAUUGGAUGGUGGCUUAUCAAAACGUUAUGGAAUCAUGUAUACUUGCUUCGGAAAGUUCGGUCCCCAAAGAUCCUAUACUUGAACCCCACUAUUACCUCGUCAACAUGUGCUACAAAGCGGUUAAAGAAGGAAUUAUCAGCCCCUCUGCAGCCUUGUCCUCAAUAUCAAAUGACAAAGCAUUUUUUACUCAGGAAAAAGCCUUCUGGACAUCAGAUGCUGCUUUGACCAUGGACUAUCAGAAAAAAGUCUUUUACGAUAAGACUAUAAAACUACUGACGUUCAUAUUGGCAUCAGACAAGAAAAAAUGGCACCACAGGCCAAGAUAUAGGAUCGCACGAAUCCUUUUCCAGGAUUUCAAUAAUAUCGAAGGAGCUCUCAAUGAAAUGGCGAAUUUUAUGUCUAUUAAGAGUACUCACAAGAAUCUGGUAAACAUUUGGAAACCUGAUCUCGAAAGGGCAGGUAAACACUUUGUUUAUACUUAUCAGUAUGUGAUGUUCUAUUUGGAUAUGCUUGAGCGCAAAGGUGACUACAAUUCCAUUGGUUUAGUCUGUAAGAAGAUUAGAAGGUUUGGAUCUGGUAUGGCCUACGUCAACAAGGCAGCCGAACAUGCGACCACACUAUACACACAAUGUGCAAGAUGCAAGUUGCAUAUAGACGAGAAGGCUUGCGUUGAGAAACUGCUUCCCUCGCUACAUUAUCAGCAAUUCCUCGCAAUCACUGACCAACUGUUAAAGUCGUUUAAAUUAGAAGAUUAUCCAGAAGAUAUCACACAAGCGCUAAAGAUCGCGUAUCAGUUGAAAAGAGGCAACAACGGCAUUGCUUUCGAUGGAAUAUGUCUAGCAAUUUUCUUCCAUUACUUUUACUUACCUGUCAGUGCCACAAUGCCGGCCCAGGAUAUUUCUUCACCAGACUUGUUAGUUCAAGGCGAGAAACUCAAGGGAUUCACCACAAAUUCGACCACUGUCAGCAAAGCUGGAUCGCCAUCACCAACUAGUCAAAAAGCAGCCGUUCCCAGGAAGCGUGUGAGUAAGAAAGACGCCUUUGAUAAGAUUCGAUUAGUGGCAGACAAAAUCACGUGA